GCUGAGGGGGCCUGAACUUCGGCAGCCUGGCCCUGUGCUGGAGGCUCUCGACACGAACCGCUCUUUCCCACCAGGAGCGGACGUUCAAGAUCCCAGGCCCAGGUCUUGCUGAGGUCUCUGGGCUUGGGUUACUCGUGGGCCCAGCAAAGAAGUGGAUGAAAGCGUCUCUGGACUGCGAGCCGCCUCCUUAGGCUGACUUUCCAGGAGCCGGGCCAAGCUGCUCUGAGUUUUGUUCAGGCAGGAGAAGUGGGAGCCGGGAUGCAGGAACCAGCGUUCCCUAAACACUCAUGCAGCCGAUGGGUGCUGCCAAGUCACUGGGCCAGGGACCAUGGGCUGACGCUGUGGCCCAGCCACUGGCCGUGGCCCCAUACAAGAGUCCACGGUAGCCAGAAGCGGCAGAGCACCGUGGUUGAGAGCUCAGGGUUCGAUUCUCACUCGGCUGCUGUGUGACCUUCGGCAGGUCAGUUAACCUCUCUGGGCCUCAGGAUGCUCAUGUACAAGGCAGGAACCACCACUGCCUCCUGGGGUCAUCCAGGCGAUUCGGGGAAGGGGCCUAGGACAGAGCCUGCAGCAUAAACGCCACUCGGUAACUGCUGGCCCUUGUCAGGCCAGGGUGGCAUUGUUCUCCCUUAGGAGCCGGGCUAGGCUGGCACUGGGGGCUUUGGGUCCUGUCCCUAAGGUGGGGGAGGGGCUUGGAGGGAGAGCGGGUGUAGGGAGGGGACACAGGCAGGGCCUGUGUGAGGGCCCUUCCAGAGCUGUGUCCUCCUGUGCCAGACUGUAGGUAAGGCCCCCUUUGUUCUGGGCCCUGGCGGCCCUGGGGCGGCUGGCUGGGAGAUUCCUCAGGGCUCUCUGGCCCCAGGCGCGUGGGCCCCAGGCCAGAGCUGGAGCCAAGUCUUCCUCAAGCCUCCCCUCCCCCAACUCCUCUCCCUUGCUUUCCCCUGUGCACAGCUGGGCCCCCAAAGACACGCUGGUCCAAGGGCGUCUCUCCCCUGGGCUGCCCCUAGAGAGGGGAACGCAUCGAGUCUCCCAGCUUGGCCCCCACUCGCGAGCCGGGGUUGGAAGGCUGUGGCAGGCACUGUUUGCCGUGUCCAGCCCUCCCCUCCAGGACACGGGCAGUGUUUUCUCAGCUGGGAUUGCAGCCGGGGUCUGAGGACCACUGAAGGGUGUGUGUGUGUGUGUGUGUGUGUGUGGCUUGAGCAUCACCCUGCCCUCAGCCUGAGUCCCAGCACCGCAUCCCCUGGCUGUGUGGUCUCCGACAAGUCCUCUGGGCCUCAGUCUCUUGUGCUAUGGAAUGGGCACUCACAGUGCCCGCUUGCUCAGGAGGUUGUGUUACAGGGAAGUGCAUCAAGCUGUGCCUGCUGCUCCAGCCUCGCGCGCUCUGUGACUUCACACCAUCCCCCUUCCCUGCGCCUUCCUCAGUCCUAGGAGAGGGCAAUAGAAUGGCCCUGAGUGGCAGGGGAACCGGACAGGGGCUAGGGCUAGAUGGACAGAGCCUCGGCCUCCUCCUGGCCAGGCCCCAGAGAGGCUGCACAAACCCGGCCCCAGCUGCCUACCCCAGCAUCCCUGCUCCCCGAGGGCCUCUGUCUCCCCUGCCCCUGAGAACUGGGCUUCAAGGCGAGCUCAGGUGGCCCGCAGUUAACACAGCUUAGCGAUGAAAAGCAAAACCCUGAGCCCAGCCGUGUGACCUUGGGCAAGGUACUUAACCACUCUGCCCCGGCUCUGCCGUCCGUGAACGGGGGAGAGAGCAGCACCUGGCCUGUGGGGCCGGGGUGAGGACGAGGUGAAUGCGUUUGUGAGAUGCGUGAACGGCGCCGAGCACCUCCUAAGGGUUUGCUUCUCUGUUAGUCCUCAGAAGCCCGGAGCAGAGAGGGAGUGCCAGUCCCACUUCAGCGGCUGAGACACGUGUGGGCAAGGGGGAAGGGACUGACUCCAGGGAACAUGUCUGGGUCUCCAGGCUAGGCUUGCCCACCUGUCUGCCAUUCUCAGCAGUCUGAGAGGCGGGGCCAGGGCUUUGGACCAAGCAGGACCCAGCCUAGGCUCCAGCUUCCUUUUUCUUCUUCCUCUUCUUUUUUUUUUUUUUUUUAAAGAUUUAUUUAUUUAUUUGAAAGGCAGAGUUACAGAGAAGCAGAGAGAGAAGUCUUCCUUCAACUGGUUCACUCUCCAAAUGGCCACAGUGGCUGGAGCUGGACCGAUCCGAAGACAGGAGUCAGGAGGUCCAGGUCUCCCAUGCAGGUGCAGAGGCCCAGGCACCUGCGCCAUCUUCCACUGCUUCCCCAGGCCGUAGCAGAGAGCCAGAUCGGAAGUGGAGCAGCCAGGACUUGAGCCAGUGCCAAUAUGGGAUGCCGGCACUGCAGGCGGUUGCUUUACGUGCUACGCCACAGCUCAGGCUCCAUCCAGCCUCCUUGACCAUGUCCCGUGGCGUCCCACCCCACAGCUCUGCUCACGUCAGGCUGGGCAGGAUCUGCAGCAGAGACUGUGCCCCCAGAAAACUCAAGGCCAUCCCCAUUCCUCAGGCCCACUCCAAGGACAGUGGGGAAAUAUGGGCAGGACCCACAGGCCCCUGGUGCAAGGCCCAGGUCGAGUUCAUGUGUCUCUGUCCAUCUCUCAGGGCCUGGUGCACUUGUCAGCUUUGGGGAGGGCUGGGGUCCCCCUCACAGUGAAAGCCAGGUCCCCACUGUGGCCUCCAAGGCCUUGUACAAUGACAGCCACCCCCUCCUCGCCUCUACCCUCCUGUCCUGCCUCCUGUGCCCGUCCUGGCUACCAGGCUGUCCCCAGGCUAGUGGGCGCAGUCCCGGAGUUCACGGUGCUCUGUGCCAGGCGGGCUGUCCCACCAGCACAUCCACUUGCCCACAGCCAUCUCGGCGAGGCCCGUGCUGCCCAGUGCUGACAGCGGCCUUGUGUAAGAGGCUUGAAGGCUGGCUCACGCACACAUGCACUCCCCAUGCAACGGCUGUGCCGCGCACAGAGCAGGUGCUCAGCGAAUCUUUGCUGAAUGUUCUGGAGCCCGCUGGAUCGUCACGAAGCACGGCUGUGUGACACUGCUGAACAGGCCGCCUCAGCUGCCCUUCCCCGAGUCUCGGUUUCCUGAGCCGUAAGGGACUUGAUGGGAAUAAAAAGAGGGGGCUCUUGCGCAGGGUGAGGUUUACGUGAGUUAGUGCAUGGGAAGCCUCUGAACUUCAGUGGUUCAUAAAAGUGGGCAGUGAGCAGUAACGCUGUGUGACCUGUGCCACACACAAAGCCUCUGGGAGCCCCAGGCCACCCCUCGUAGGGAAGGCAGGGAGGGGGAUUGUCUUGGGCCUGGGCCUGGGCCUGGGGAGGUCCCAGCUCUUGCUCUCAUUCAUUUGUGUGGUUGCACAAACAUUUGCGAAAGGCCUGCUGCACACCAUUCGCUGGGUUAGCUGCUGCCAGCUGGCGCAGGGUCCCCGCCCCCAGUGGGUGGCACCAUGAUGACGUCAUGCAUUUGGCCUUGAUGUGUCCUAGUAGGGGGGGUGAUCACAGGUCAGCGCCCCGGCCACUGGAAGUGGUGGGGGGCAGUGCCAGCUGAGGAGGUGUCAGCUGAGCUGAACUUGGAAGACCCGAGCCACGUGGCCAUCUCGGAAAAGACCCAGGCCCGGAGGGAGUGUGCUGAGGGGGCAGCAGGGAGCCCAGGGUAUGCAGGGGGAGGUGACAAGCCAGGGGAGGGAGGCUCAAGUGCCCUGGGGGAGGCAGUGACGCAGGCUCUAGUACUUGGGUCCCUGCCACCCACAUGGGAGACCUGUGUUGGGUUCCUGGCUCCUGGCUCCAGACUCGGCCAGUCCUGGCUCUUGUGGGCAUUUGGGGAGUGAACCAGCAGAUGUCAGAUUCUCUUUCUGCCUUUCAAGUAAAUAAAAUUUUGAAAGAAGAGUCUGGGGGUGGGGAGGAGGACCACUGGGGGCGUCCCUGUGACAAUUGAGUGGUGAGCAACUGGAGCAGGUGCUGAGAGUGGUCGGGUCCCAUUAUUAUGUCUGCUAUGGAUUCUAGAGUUACGUGAUGCAAACCCCAGCAAAGGAGAAGUCUCUUCUUAGUUCCCCCUCAAGGUAGCUCACCAAACAUUGGGACCUUCUGGCCUCAGCCCAAAGUGACACGGGGCCCAGAGAGGGUGGGGGUGGGGCUGGCAGUAUCCACCAGGAAGCAGCCUGGGGGAGGGGGCCAGUGGCACAGCCCUGGGGACUCAGGCACCCUACAGAAAUCCCUGCUGGCCCGUCAGCCCAGCAGCACUGCUUCUGCAGUUGAUAGGAACACUUGCACUCUGCACAAUGACUUAGGGAUGAGGCCACUCUCUGUUACAGAAGCAGCGGAAGGAAGGUUGGGCAAGACCCUCGUGUCGUGGUUUGGUUGGACAGAUGGCAGUAAACCCACAUGUAGCCGGUGCCUUUGCAGCUCUGGGGCCCGGGUUCCAGUUCUGCGUCGCCUCCUCUGGACCUGGUUCCCUGGCCUCCACUGGCCUCCCCGGCCCCCAGCCUUGCGCUUAGCGCUGGCCUGGGUGCUGUCCACGCCUGUGGUGCUGAAGCCAGUCAGGCUGUAGGCAGGCCUGGGGCUGUGGGCCAGAGACCAACAGAGAAGGGGAAGCAGAGCAGGAGGAGUUCUGGAUUCAACCCCGGCUCAGGCCGUCCCGAGCUGAGUGGCCCUGGGGCAGUAGUUUGACCCCCGUGGGUGCUGGUGUAAAGGGGGUGCUGUGAAGGUGGGCAGGUAGCAGGCCCUGGGAACCUUAGCACACUGAGGCAAGUGUGGAGCUUCUUACAGUGUGAUCUCAGAGGCCAGAAGUCGUGGGGGCUGAGCUUCGGGACAGCAGAGUGUUGGUGCCUGGAUCUGGAUCUUGGCUUUGCCAUCAGAUGAUGUGACUGCUCCAUGCCUCGGUUUCCUCAUCUGUGGACUGGGGCUAACAUCAGAGCUCGGGGACAGAGGAUUAAGGGACUUCAUUAACAUGAGGCACUCGGCCCAGGACAGGGGUGCCCUGAGUGCUAGCUGCUUGUCAUGGCUUUCCUGUCAUUGUCACUGUCAGUCCCAGGACAGCACCUCCAGCCUCCCCAUCCACAGUAUCACCCACGCGGAGGCCGUCAAAGGGAGACGGCGCCUUCCUCGGCAGACACCCUGGCUUCCAGCCCAGCCCUGCCACUGGCUCUCUGUGUGGCCUUGAGCAAAUUCCGGUUCCCUUCUGGCCAUCAGUCUCUGAAUCUGUACAAUGGGCCCAAGGAUACCUCUCCCCUGGAAAAGGAACUGUGUGCCCACGGGGUCCCAGUCCAAGGAGCCAAGAUAUAAAAAGGUACAACUUCCCCAACACGUAAAGAAUUAUUCACCCGGAUUUGUCACACCCUGGCUUGGUGCUGGGAAUAGCAAGAUGAUUAAGGCCUGGGCUUUGCUUUCAAGGAGCUGUUAGGUUCCCUGCUGCAUUGUUCAUCCGCUUCGAGCCCCGCUCAGGUGUCACUUCCAGAAAACCACGCCAUCCCCAUCGCCAGGGCCCUCCUUGGAAAUGCCGGGGCACUGGCUGUUGCCUUCCUGGCCUCCUGGCGUGGAGGGUCUGUGUUUGCUCUGCCUCUGUCUAACGCACCGCUCUAACCUGCCCACCCCAGCGCCUGCGCCCCGCUAGGUACGCCUGCCUGGAAUUGUGAAGCUGUGCAAGUUACAUAAACCGAGCUCACACCGGCUUAACCAAGCCGAAAAGGAGAGGUAUUGAUUCGUGACACACGUGUUCCCGAGGCUCUCGGCCUUCCAGGCAGGCCUGGGCCUGGGGCUCAGACGUCAUCAGAUGUCGCCCCCUUUCCACUCACCUCCUGGGUGCUUGGUCCUUGGGAAGUUGUCCCCCCGACGGUGGGAGGGGGAGGGCCCGCCCCCAGCGGCUGCACGCUGCGUCCUCCGGCCUCCCGCUUGGCCGAAAGCUGCGGCAAACGUCCACGGGCACAGCCUCGGCAGUCGCCCUUGGUCACGGUGGCCUGGCUGAUGGCGUGGAUCCAGAUAGAGACGACCCCACCAAGUGACAAGGGCAGAGCUGGGAUGCCGUUAUCCCCCGCCCAGGAAGGGACAUAGAGGCUGAGCAGGAAAAAAUAACGCAUGCUCUUCCCAGAAACCACUGAAAAUGAGCCAGGCAAGGAUUGUGUCAAGUCUGGGCUAAGACCACUUAUCUGACUGCAUCUAUAAGGAGGAUCUGAGGGAGGGACCUGGAUGUGGGGGAGGGGCGCUAUGCAGGUGCGGAGAGCGGGCCUGUGACACAGGCCAGGGGAAGGCAGCCCCAGCCCCCUCACCCUCCAGAGAAGCAGCGCAAAGCCAGGGAGAGGUGAGAGUAGCCAGCUGUUUCCUCUGUGUCUGAAGUCCUGUCGCAUCCCACAAGGACUUUUAAAAAUGCGUUUGAGAGACCGAUCUCCCAUCCACUGGUUCAUGCCCCGUGUGCCUGCAGCGGUCAGGGUGGAGGUCAAAGCCAGACGCUGCGGACUCAAUCCCAGUCUCCCAUGUGAGUGGUGGGACCCACACCGCUGCCUCCCAGGGGGCUGGGGUCAGGAGCCAGAGCCAGGUGCGAACCAGGUUCUCUGGUGAUGGGACGCAGUAGGCUAAAUGCCUGCCCGAGGUACAAUGGCCAGAGGUGGGGGACCUGGGCACCGGGACAGAGAACUUUAGAAUCCCAGAGUGAGGAGCUGGCAUCACUUGGUCCAACCUCACCCCCCCACCCUCCUGAAUCCCCAACAGAUGGGUACCCAGCCUCUGCCUUUCCGCCUCCAGCGACAGGGAACGCGCUUCCUUCCUGCCGCAUCUUAUUGUGAGUUGGGUCUGCUUCCAGGAGUUUCACAGGACACAGAAGCUUCAGCCCGAGAGCUUGGGUUCAAAUCCCAGCUCUGCUGAUUGUUAGUCCUCGGGCAAGUGACAGCCCAGCUGUGUCAGGUCCUUUGCCAAGGAGCCCACUCGGCUAUAGGCAUCCGUCUAUUAGUAUUUGUCCAUUCAUUCUGGGGCCUGCUUACUAUUCAUCCAUUCCUCAUCAGGCAGCCUAAUCAACUCUUAAAGGUCGCAGCUCUUAACAGGGUUACGAAGGCCACUGAGUCUCAGCGUGGCAUCUGGAGGCGACACUGCCGCACAGCAGUCUCGCUGUAAGAGGCAGCCGGGUGACAGCACAGGGAAGUCAUGAAGAUUACAGGAUGCAGCUCAGGGUGGUCAACGCGGCACCUGGCCCGUGAGAAGCGCUCAAGUGCUUCCACCAUCACUCUCCUCCCACCAGACAAGCUGGUCCCUCCCCUGCUGUCGCUGGAUUCUGGCCACUGGCUCUCCAGGGUUCGCGCUGCCCUGGUGAACUUCCUCUGGCCGUGUGCCAGGCAGUCGACACCCCGAGGUUCAAGUCCUUGCUCUUUGGCUUCCUUGCAACAUAACCCACCCACCAGGGGCAGUGCGAGCUGCUGGGGCUCCGUAUCCCAGCAGCGUGACACCUGCCAGCUCACAGAACAGCACGGAGGAGCUCAUCCCCGUGUUUUAAGGUUUGGGGGCCCUCAGUGUCAGGCCGUGCACACAGGGUUAAGAGAACAGAGGAGCCUGUCCCAAAUCUUCACAGCUACAGCCUGGCUGUGACGCAUUGCACAUCUGUUCAUGUUCCAGUGGGGGGGGGGGGGUGAGCCACGUGGCCACGUUUCCUGCAAGGGAGGCGAGGAUGCGUUUCCUGCCGGGCCACCACUCUGCAUUGGAGAAGGGGAACCAGGGCAUGGGUGGGAUGCCUGCACAGCUGUGCCUAUGCACCCAAGUCACAUUUCAGUGAAGCUGUUUCUUAAAAAUAGGGAGUACUUAGCCCCCUUAGAAUUAUCGGGAGGUCUCAGUGAGUGAAAUUUUGCCAGGCCAGCAGUGCUGUGUGUGUGUGUGCACACAUGUCUGUAUGUGCACACGCGUGCACCUGUGUGGUGGGUUUGUAAGCAGGCUUGUGUUGGGCGCAGUCUCAUCGGGGCAGCCCCCAGCUCAAGCCGCCCACCCACAGGAAGCAGUAGGCGGCCCGGUCCUGCUUCUUGCCCAGGAAACUCUCCCCCACCCCUCCCUGGCCCUCCUGGCAGGUGGCAGAGCUGUGACUGCUGCCAUGGAGACCUGGGGGUCCCCACCCACACUCAGCAACACAGAUGGGAGGUGGCGGGCCUCCCUUGGGGCCGGCAAGGACACACCCUUGAAGGGCAAGGGGGUCCUCCCUCCCCUGGGUGGAGAGCAGUCAGUCACAUGUGGGUAGACAUCUGCUCCUUCCAGUGGCGCAGCGGCGAUGACGGCGAUGAUGAUGAAAUAUUGGAGGAUGGGGUUUGCACUGGCGCCGGACACCUGCCUCGUAACCCCUGCAGGUGGGUGUGUACCAAUGCGAGCCCUGGGGAUCAGGGAGACCCACACCAGCCUGAUGGGUGCUGGGCACGCAAGAGGAGCAGAAUGGAGAGGCUGUAGGUGUCCUGGGCUGAGACUGGGCCCUCUUCUGUGCCUCAGUUUCCCCAUCUGGAUACAGAGAGGUCUGGGUGAGAGAUUUCCAUCAUUCUGGGGUGAGAAAAACAAAAACACAGUGGUUGGAAGUAACUUUGGAGGCAAUCCCAGCACUAGCUGUGUGAUCUCCGGCAAGUGUCUUAGUCUCUCUGGGCCUUAUUCCCAGCCCCUUUCUCAGAGGUAAUGCUAAGACCGUGCCCUUAGAGUCAGGGAACUCAGAGGCAUCUGUCCUUGGUGUGCAUUGGCAGGAAACCAGAGUCAGGAUCCAGAGCCUGGACUUGAACCCAGGAUGUGAGAUGGAGGUACCUUGACCGCUAGGCAUGCAGGAAGCAGUAAGGACCAGUGCUGUGAUUACUACGGUUAUUCUUCCUUGUGUAGAUGAAGGCGCUGGAGCUCAGAGACACGGUGCAACUUACUCAAGGUCACCGCACCAAAAAGUGGCACACGCCGGGAUCAAGGCCAGCCCGGCUAAGCCUCAAGGCCCGUGCUGUUUCCGUCGCUCCCGCUGUGCCGCUUAAGUCACGUGCAUCGAAAUUGGGUCAGAGGCAGGGUGUACCUGGGGAUGGGCGUGUGUAUUAGUUCCUCAUCAGCUGCUGUCGCUUCGUGGUGAACAGGCCCAAAGGGAGAGGGAACAGGGAGGAGGAACUCCCUCCCCCAGAACCAGACUCUGCAUAUCAGGGAAAGGAUGGGUUCUGACCCCGCCCCUGCACCUGGGGAUCCCUGGGACUGUGGAUGGGAGACACAGCUGAGACCAUCCUCUGGUCUUGAACAGGGGCCCUGAGGGACAGACAGAUCUGUCUCAACUCUGAUGCUCAGCAGAGGUAGGAACCAGCACCCUCCAGGGAAUCACGGAGGGCUUCCUGGAGGAUCUGGCCCUGAAGGUUUGGAGAUGCAGGGAGAGGUUAGAGGGGACUGGACAGAAGGUGCUAGGACUGCAGGGAGGCAGUGCAACGAAGUGGUCAAUGCAUGGGCUGGCCUGAGGUGAGGGGGCACUUGGGGCUCAUGCCCAGAUGAUUGCAGGAGCAGCUGGGAGUGCCCCAAAACAGGAGGCUUGAAUGCGUGUGUGCACACACAGGCCUGCCUGGCUCAGCAGCCCAGCCUCUCCCUGGCCGGCAAGUGGGGAAAGAGUUCAAGGCCAAGAGGGCUAUGGACUGGUCAGAACCCGCAGACACCCGCAUGCCCCCCAGGAAAGACCGAAGGACCAAGGACACACUGGCCUGAGCAUGCCAGUCCAGAGCCAGCUUUCCCGCGCCUUCCUGCCGGCACCGAAGCAAACUGUUUUCCAAGUCAGGAUCCCUGUCACUUAGAAAAUGCGUGGGCAUUUGCUGAGGGUUAGAAGAGAUGACCCCUAAAAGCCCUGAGGCCAGGAAGAAGCUGUCACCCUGGUUCAGCCCAGCAGGUGGCUACGGCCAAGAGGGACCCCAGUGGUGCCCAGCCCAAUGCUGGGACUGCGUAGAGACCUGGUGGCAGGUGCUGUGUCAGGGUUGUCUUUAUCUUAUUUGAGAGGCAGAGAGCUCCCAGCUGCUGGUUCACUCCCCAAGUAGCCACAGCUGGAACUCCAUCCAGGUCUCACACAUGGGUGACAGGGACCCAAGUGCCAUUGCCACUGCCUCCCAAUAUGUGCAUUGGCAGGAAGCCGGAGUCGGGAUCCAGAGCCAGGAUAUGAGAUGCAGGUACCUUGACCGCUAGGCCAAGCACCUGCCCUUGCCCCAUGUCAGGGUUUGGGGGUAGAAAGGGGAGGAAGCAGGGCCGGGCUCCCGGAGGCCUGGCACCAUCCCUCCCGCUCAGGGCCCUCUGAGGACAACCACGUGGCGUUUCACACAGUCCCUGGCACGCCUUCUGAUGAGAGCCGACCAGAAAAGAAACGGCGAUAGCUCCAAGUGGAAGGUUCUGCUGGGCCCAGGCUCGUGACCAGAGCUGGCUCAUGAAUGGAGGGGAGAGGGGCCGAGCAGGCAGUGAAUGAGGAAGCAGACGGUGGGGGGCAGGCGAGGGAGGGAGGGAGGAGGGCUCCCCGCGCCCCAGGCAGCUGAGACAAGGUGCAGAUGGAGCUCUGCUCUGUGCAGGGCUGGGUGGGAGGCCAGGAAGUUCCCUUGGUGGGAAGUGGGAGGCUGGGUCGUGCUGGGAGCGAAGGGGAGGGCAGAGCAGAAGACGCUUGGGGGCCUGGGAGGAGCCGCCUGGCCAGUGGGAGGAGCCAGGCCCCUGAGCAGCUCACCCUCUCCCCACCCCCAGCACUAUGCAACAGCCCCUGCUCAGCAAGAGAGAAGGCAGCUGGUGGUUGCGGCUCACAGAGCACUGGCUGUGCACCAGGCAGAGAGACCUGCCGUCCGUGGGUUCACUCCUCAAAUGCCCACAGAGAGCUAGGGCUAGGCCCGGACCCCUGCUGAGAGCAGGAGCCAGGGACCCAGUCAAGGGAGCUGUCGCCGCUGUCCCCCAGGGUGCACAUGAGCCGGAAGCUGCAGUCAGGAGCCAGAUCCGGGACUCGCCCCGGUGCAGUGUGAUGUGGGACACGGCGUCUUUGCUGGGCCAAACAGCCACUCCUGUAGAACUCGUGGGAUGAAGGCACUGUUUCCCCACCCUUUGCACACAGGCAUUGCCCAAGCGAGGGUCGGGGUUCGAGGCCAGGCUGUCAGGCCUUCUCUCAGAUGUGAGGGGUGGGGGUGCCAGGGUGACACACCUGGGACCAGCGGAAGUAGGGAGUAAGAGGAGGGCAGGGGGCGGGGCACACCAGGAGGCAGCUCCCAGGGCACAAGGCACCUGCACCGCUGCUCCUGGGAAAGGCUUGGCUCCCCAGGGCCACCCCUCCCCCCGCUGUACGGUGGAGAAAGGAAGGCCUGGGAGUGGUUGCCUAGAAACAGGGGUGAUGAGGGACGGGCCUUCCACAAGGGCCAAAGGAACGGGGGAGUGAUGGUGCCUGGGUGGUCUCCACAGUGACAGCUCCCUGAAUGCAGGCACAGGGCAGCUCAUCCCAGCGGCCGGGCAUGGGUGCUGUUCCCCAUCAGCGCAAGUACACCUCCACACGACGGGAAAUGAAGUGGAACCCAAGUAAAACACGGGGGAGAUGAGAGAAGGGGAGGGGGCUGGUGCUGUGAUGCAAGCCCCAGCCUGCAGCGCUGGUCCUAUGUGGGCGCCGGUUUGUUCCACUUCCGAUCCAGCUCUCUGCUAUGGCCUGGGAAAGUACUAGAAGAUGGCCCAAGUCCUUGGGCUCCUGCCACCCAUUGGGAGACCCAGAACAAGCUCCUGGCUCCUGGCUUCAGAUCAGCUCAGCUCUGGCUGUUGUGGUCAUCUGGGGAGUGAACCAGCCGAUGGAAGACCUCUCAGGCUCUAGCUCUCUCUGUUAACUCUGUCUUUCAAAUAAAUACAAUAAAUCUUUAAUAAAAGAGAGAAGGGAAGGCCUUGGGUGGGACAGUAGUCCCUUGCCUCCACUUGGAGCCUUCGAGAGGUGCGUCUUGACCCCCAGCCCUGGACUCCGCCCUCUGGGGUGCUUUGUUCUUCCCACCUCACAGGUGCAGUUGGAGACCAUCAGCAGCUAUGAGGGCCCUGUCCAGGAACACCAUCCAGCUGUGUGCACACUGAUUUUAUUUAACAGGCAGUGGGAUACUCUCCAAAUGACUGAACUGCCAGGACGAGGGAGAAGAUGAGCGUGGGCUGCCCAGAGCCCGAGCCACCCCGCUCCAUGCCCUGCUGUGGGCCGGGGGCCGCCCCGGGGCCAGGGGCCGGGGUGCCCCUCCUCACGGAAGACAUGCAGGCGCUGACGCUCCGCACGCUGGCCGCCAGCGACGUCACCAAGCACUACGAACUCGUGCGGGAGCUGGGCAAAGGCACCUACGGCAAGGUUGACCUGGUGGCCUACAAGGGCACAGGCACGAAAAUGGCCCUGAAGUUUGUGAACAAGAGCAAGACGAAGCUGAAGAACUUCCUGCGGGAGGUGAGCGUCACCAACAGCCUGUCGGCCAGCCCUUUUAUCAUCAAGGUCUUCGACGUGGUUUUUGAGACGGAGGACUGCUACGUGUUCGCUCAGGAGUACGCGCCCGCUGGGGACCUGUUUGACAUCAUCCCUCCCCAGGUGGGGCUGCCCGAGGACACAGUGAAACGCUGCGUGCAGCAGCUCGGGCUGGCGCUGGACUUCAUGCACGGGCGGCAGCUGGUGCACCGCGACAUCAAGCCCGAGAACGUGCUGCUGUUCGACCGCGAGUGUCGCCGCGUGAAGCUGGCCGACUUCGGCAUGACGCGCCGCGUGGGCUGCCGCGUGAAACGCGUGAGCGGCACCAUCCCCUACACGGCGCCCGAGGUGUGCCAGGCCGGCCGCGCCGACGGCUUCGCCGUGGACACGGGUGUGGACGUGUGGGCCUUCGGCGUGCUCAUCUUCUGUGUGCUCACAGGCAACUUCCCGUGGGAGGCGGCGUCGGGCGCCGAUGCCUUCUUCGAGGAGUUCGUGCGCUGGCAGCGCGGCCGCCUGCCCGGGCUCCCGUCGCAGUGGCGCCGGUUCACCGAGCCCGCGCUGCGCAUGUUCCAGCGCCUGCUGGCCCUGGAGCCGGAGCGCCGCGGCCCGGCCAAGGAGGUCUUCCGCUUCCUCAAGCACGAGCUCACGUCGGAGCUGCGGCGCCGGCCCUCGCACCGCGCGCGCAAGCCGCCCGGGGACCGCCUGCCGGCCGGGCCGCUGCGCCUCGAAGCGCCCGGGCCGCUCAAGCGGACGGUGCUGACCGAGAGCGGCAGCGGCUCGCGGUCCGCACCCCCCGCCGCUGCCCCUGCCGCUGCCGCCGCCGCCGCCGGGCCGGCGCCCGUGCCCGUGCCUGAGGCCGGCCUGGCGCCCCCCGGGCCCCCCGGCAGGACCGACGGCCGCCCGGACAAGAGCAGAGGGCAGGUGGUGCUGGCCACGGCCAUCGAGAUCUGCGUCUGAGCCGCCCCCGCCGCCCGCGGGCCAGGCGGGGGUUUCGGGAGCCGCCCCAGGCGCGCCCCGAGCCGGUGCGGGCAGCGGCGGGAGACGGAGUAGCCGGCGGGAGUAGCGGUAGCAAGGGCGGGAUGGCCGCCGACAGACCUCCCGCGCCUCGUGGGGUGGGGGCUGGGCCCGGGGAGCCGAGCCCCCUCACACACGCACUCACACACACACGCACAACACAUGCACACCGGGGAACGACGGAGCUUGCGGGCCGGACACCCCCAGCCCCGGAGCUGCCCCUGCCCCUUGGUGCCCCCUGGCGGAUCGUCCCGCAAUCCCACCCUCACCCAACCCCCCGCUUCCCAACGAACCCCGACCCGGGCCCUGGACAAAGAGAGGGACUGAACGUGGGCGGAGAAGGAGCUUCCGGGCCUUGGACACUGGCUGGAACGAGGACAUGGAGCUGAGGGCUGCUGGGACCUGUCCCUUUCUUGGGAGGCUGCAGGUAGAGGCCCAGCCCUGGAAAAUGUAGCAGAUGUCUGCGUGCGUGUGCGUGUGCGUUUGUGUCUGUGUGUGUUGGGCACAGGCCCUAGGACACCUCGGCGCCCCUCUUCCUCGGAUGAGGACCCUAGCCCCGCAGAGAGGGGCCCUGCCCUGGGCCACUGACUGGCAAAGCCCCUUAAGCCCUCCCCCUUCCACCCCUGCCGCAGGCCAUGGCCGGCCCCGCAGUCCUGACAACUCCAGGGCGGGACCCAGCCCUCCUGCCUCCGCCGGCUGCAAGGUAACCUGCACCAGGAUUUUCUGCUGGGUUUUUAUUGAGUCGCCCUUGCCGUGUGCCUGCAGGUUGCUGGAGGGGGCCAGGAGCUGCGGCUGUGUGGGAGAACGGGUCGUGGAAGCACAAGGGGUGUGUGUGCACACAGGUGUGUGUGUAGCCUCAACGUUCCAACGACCACACAUCCUGACGCCUCAGAAGGCCCCGCCCACCCCCAUCAGAGGGUGCCCAGGCCUGGUUUCACCACACCCCUCAGGGAGGCACCUGCUGGUUGGUUCAGGCCCCUGGGCAGCAAAACAGACUAGAGGAACCCAGCUUUGCCCAGCGCCCCCUGGUGGUCACCCCCGGCCCUCUAUGGAGGCCUGGGACCCCCGCAAUAACCUCAACAGGGACCCGGCUGCCCCUCAGCCCGGCAGUGCCCUGUCCACCAUACCGGGCCGCCCCUACCGGGGUCUCUUCUGGGUUCCGGGGCAUUGAUGGGCCAGGCUGGCUGUGAGGAGCUCCCAGGCACCCCCCUGGCCUGGAGCCCCCACCUCUCCGCUCACUCCUCAUCUCCACCGUGCAAAGGGCUAUGGGUCCCCCCGCCCUGCCUGGGUCCCGUUUACAAACUGCGCGGCUGCCCCAGGACUGGCCCUGCCCCCCACCGUGUGCCCGCUCCUCCCCAUGGGCAUGGGGCCCUCCACAUGCCAGGUAAGUAGCAAACCCCUUCUCCUGCCAAGAGCCAGGUCUCAGAGAAGGCCCCUCCCCCAUCACUGCCCCCUCCCCAGCUGGAGCCCAUGGGGUCCACUUCUCCCAGCCGCGACUUCUUCUGCCUUAGGCCUCUCUCCACGUCUGGUGUCUCCUGCAAUAACAAGGAAGCGAGAUUCCGCAGUCCUCGUCUCUCUCUCUCUCUCCUCUCUCUCUCUCUCUGUUAAGAUCCUGUGAGGGAGUCCUCUCCCGUGUCGUAGUAUCUAGGGUGUUAGCGUGGGGAAGCGACUGUAGUGACGGAGCCCCGUCCCCCUCGGUUUGGGUGCCACCAGUCUGGCCCCAAGGCGGGACCGGCCCCAGGUCAGGGCACCCUGGCCACUGCCGCCGCCGCCGCUGUCUCUUGGUCAGAUCAGGACCCUCUGCCCCUUUAGCAGACCUGUUGGUCACAGAUGUUUACCUCAGUUUAUGUCACUGUCGAAGAAACACAAAAUAAUAGCAAAAAAUUAAUGCCACCGUAGACAUGAAGACUUACAAGACAAAAAAAAAAAAGACAAAAAAAAUUUCCCCCUUGCAAUUCUGUGAAGGUACUGUGUGCGUGCGUGUGUGUGUGUGUACACGUGUGUGUGUGUCUCUGUCCCACCCCAGGCAGGCUGGGUCAUCCCCGGCCUCUGUCCCAGCCCCUGUGUCGCCAUACUGCCCCCCCCCUUGGUGCUUCCAGAGACCCCUCUGAGCUGGCCUGUGGGGCGUGGGGAGCCCCCAGGGCGGGGGGCAGGGCCGCAGGUCAGCUGGAGGGUCUCCCAUCGGGCCCACAGAGCAGAGCCCCCAGGGCUGCCUGAGGCACCCUGAGCCCAUGCUGUGGCCGGUGGGACAGUCCCAUUGGCUGGCAGCAGCGUCCGAGCCUGGCUCAGGGCCUGGGGCGGGGGGCCUGGGUGGAAUUCCAGGCCUGGAGCCCCAGACUCAUGUCUCGUACCCUGCCCCUGCCCCACGUAUUUGUAAAUAUUCUUUGGCCCCAAAAAGCUUUUUAAAUGUGUUAUUUACUUCUCUAAUCAUGACACUUGCUAUAAAAUAAACAAAAGUUUAGAAAAACGA